ACAGUGUUGCCAUCAGUUAGCUACCUGUAGAGGGCAGUAAUACUUCUUGGCUCGUUCUAACCUGCCGUAAAUAGUUCACACGAGAUGCUUGCGAGAUCCAGAUGCUUCUCUGGCUCUGGACCGAUGCUACCGGUUGUAAACAAAGUCUAGUAAACAGGUGGUGAGCUGCUUUUGCAAGAUGGUGCAGCUACACGUGAAGCGUGGAGAUGAAAGCCAGUUUCUCUUCAACACCACUGUGGACGCGCCUGUGGAAACGGUGAUCCAGCAAAUUACAGCCAUUUACAACGGGAGACUCAAAGUGGACAGAAUAUGUUCAGAGAUCCCAGAGCUGGCAGACCAUGGAAUCACACUGCCACCCAACAUGCAGGGGCUGACAGAGGAGCAGAUUGUGGAGCUGAAUCUGAAGGAUGAAUGGGAAGACAAGUGCAUACCCAGCGGGGGUCCAGUCUUUAGGAAGGAUGAGAUUGGGAGGAGGAACGGACACGCUCCAAAUGAUAAAAUGAAAGAGGUGUUGAUGAGAACCGUGGAGGAAGCAAAGGCACUGAUCUCCAAAAAACAAGUUCAAGCUAACGUUUGUGUCACCAUGGAGAUGGUGAAGGAAGCCCUGGAUCCGCUAAGGGGUGCUGUCAUGAUCGUGUACCCCAUGGGGCUGCCCCCUCAUGACCCUAUCAGAAUGGAGUUUGAGGACUGUGAAGACCUUUCAGGAACACAGGCAUCUCUGCAGGUGAUCACAGAGGACGAGUGCCAGCUAUGGUGGGCUGCUAAAGAGAUGCAGAGGGGGAAAAAACUGCAGGACUACAUUGGCAAAAAUGAAAAGACAAAGCUUGUGGUGAAAAUCCAAAAGAAAGGGCAGGGGGCACCAGCGAGAGAGCCUCUGGUCACUGAUGAGCAGCAGAAACAGAUGAUGAUGCAUAUGUACAGGAGGCAGGAGGAACUCAAGAAACUUGAGGAAGCAGACGAUGAUAGCUACCUGGACUCAGAGUGGACAGACAGACAGUCCCUCAGAAGACAGUUUCAAGGCCUCACCAACAUCAAAUGGGGACCAAGAUAAAGACCACUACCACUGAGAUUCCUACCUUAAAGCUGCUGCUCUGACCUGGUCCUUCACAGCUCUAUAUGCAAAUGACUACAAUGCCUUAUCUCAAUUCUGAUAUUAGUUUACUGUCCGUGUUAUAUGAGGUCUUCUGGAGAAUAUAAACAGCACGUGUUUAUAUGCCUUGGAGUAGUAACUGGAUGAUGACAUGUGGAUUAACCUGAUUUAUUUGAAUUUAAAUCAGAUCUCUGUAUUCAUUUACCGAUUGUUUUCACCCUGUUGUAAAGUUACAUUUUUAUUGAAGAUAUGCAAACAAUUAAAUUUGAGUUUAAUCUAAAUGUACUGUACAUUUUUAUUGAUUGUAAAAAACAUUCAACAAAGUUUCAUAGGUAGUGAUUCAUCUGGAACACAGUUUUACAUCCCUUGGAUUGCUGGGACAAGGAUGCUACACCUUUCCUCUCUUUGUCUCCAGUCAGUGGCUGACACGCACACACGCACGCACACAAACACACACACACACACACACACACUGAAAGUCGGUGCUGCUCUGAGGCAGGAAGUUGCCACAUAGUAGAUGGUUGUUCCAGCUCUUGUCCCAGCAGGGAUGAGGAAGUUGUAGAGUUCAAAGUGAGAGUUUAAUCCCACUGCGUGGAACUGUUGACAGAGUCGAUGAAGUCUUUCAAGGAAAACUGCAUAAAAAAAACAUCCUGGAUGUAAUGUGUAGGUCCUUUUCUACAUUCAAAUUCGAUCUAUGAUACUGGGCUAAAUAAAUAAACUGACUUGACUGAA